AUGGUAAUGAAACCCAGAACACUAAGCGUGGAACCAUUUAAAAAAGCCUUUGUUUUCCUUCUUCACACUUUCCUUUUAAGUUCACUUCCAUUUGCUCUAAACACUGUAUCAUCUAAGAAAACGGAAGCAGAGGCUCUUAUAAGGUGGAAGAACACCUUAUCAUCUCAUGAUUCUCUUGAUUCAUGGGCCCUCAAUAAUAUCACGAAUCUAUGUAGUUGGAAAGGGGUUGUAUGCAACACGGUGUCACUUUAUGAGAUAUACUUGCCGGAUGUAGGCCUUAAUGGCACACUUGACCAACUCGAUUUUUCUUCAUUUCCAAAUCUCACAAGUCUCAAACUCCGUUGGAAUCAUUUCCACGGGUUGAUUCCAUAUCAAAUUAGUGAUCUUCGAAAUCUAACUUAUCUUGAUUUGUCAUUUAACUCAUUUACUGGUGAAAUUCUGGACUCAUUAUUCACCAAUCUAGGAAAGCUCGAAUAUCUGAACCUUACCGGUAACUCAUUUCAGGGCUCCUUGCUAUCAAUUCUUACUAAGUUGACGAAAUUGAAAGGCAAACUCGGGAAUCUUCAAUACCUUGGUCUCUUAAUCGAUAGCCCACACAAUUCCACAAUUCCUUUUGAGCUUGGCCUCUGCACAAACCUUACCCAGUUGAUUUUAAGUGGGAGAUCACUUACGGGAUCCUUGCCUUUAUCCUUGACCAAUCUGACCAAAUUAUCCUCUUUGCCUAUUACUGAUAGUAAUCUUUGUGGUCACAUCCUACCUUAUUUUCUCACAAAUUGGACCCAGUUAACAGUAUUGAUGCUUAAAAACAAUUCUUUCACUGGGGAAAUACCAUUUGAAAUUGGUUUGUUGACAAAUCUAACUUAUCUUAAUUUGAGUGGUGAUAGAUUUUCCGGCUAUAUCCCUCAAGCGACAAAACUUGUCCAUCCAAGACCUUUCAGUCAACUUUCUUUCAGGUCAAAUACCUCCAACGAUUUGGAAUUUAAUAGAACUUAUGUCCUUGUAUAUUUCCUCCAACCAUCUCACAGGUAUGAUUUCACCAAAGGUUGGACAUUUGAAGUCACUCAUGGCUCUGGAUCUAAGUAUGAAUCAAUUAAGUGGGCAGUUGUCCAAAAACAUCUCUAA